AUGAAAAAUGAGCUAUGUGCAAUUGAAAGUGUUGUGAAUUCUGGAAAGCGACUUGUUUUGCUGUUGAACAAAAUCGAUCUUGUGCCCAAGGAAAAUAUCAAAAAAUGGCUUACAUAUUUGCGCCAACAGUCACCAACGAUAGCUUUCAAAGCUUCAACACAGGAGCAGAAUCGUUAUCCGAAUGUCGGGAAAAGCAGUGUUAUAAAUAGUUUGAAGCGAAAAAGAGUUUGCGAUGUUGGCGCAGCACCUGGAAUUACACGGCAAAUCCAGGAAGUGGAUUUGGGUAAAAAUAUUCGAUUGCUAGAUUCUCCUGGUGUAAUUCUGGAGCCGAAGGGUCGUUUGGACAACUGCGAAAUUGCGCUAAAAAACGCUAUAAGAGUGGAAAGCCUUGCGGAUCCAGUGACACCAGUACAAGCCAUAUUAAGGAGAUGUUCCAGAGAUAGUUUGAUCCUUCACUACGUAAUACCCGAGUUCAAAACAUGCGAUGAAUUCCUUGCUUACAUUGCACGAAAAAUUGGUCGCUUAAAGAAAGGCGGCCGUCCUGAUAUGAGUGCUGCUGCUAAGAAAGUAUUGGUCGACUGGAACACUGGCAAACUGCGCUAUUUCACAGAACCACCAGAGGGAGAAAAUGAAGAUGAGCAGCAUGGCAAAUUAUGCUCUGCAGAAUUGUUAUCGGAAAUGUCAAAAGAAUUUGAUCUGGAAGCACUGGACGACGAACAGAAAACUCUAGUAGAGGGCAUGCUUUUCAGCCGUUAUUCCUCACUUUUCUCUUGA